GGGAAGCAGUGUGUGUGUGUGUGUGUGUGUGUGUGUGUGUGUGACACAAACCCCUCACCCCACUUCUGCUCCCGCCCCUCCGGAGAAAGGGUGCGGGAGAGUCCCAGGGUAAAGGUUUGGCCCCUCCUGCUCCACACUGCUGCGAGUCCAGUGCUGUUCUCUGACCCACCUGUGCCGGCCGCACGCAGCGUCCGCUACACGCUGCUUUUGGCUGUCUAGCAGCUGCAAUGGGCGCCGGGGCCUCCUCGUCUCUUACGCGCCUCGGUCUUGCGCUCCCAGCCUCGGCGCAGUCCAGAGCCGCCUGGCUCGGGGCUGCUGCGCUGGGACUGGCGGUCGCCGCGGCGCUGGGAGCGGCCGCCUGGAGCACUAGGGGCCGGCUAUGGCGGCGGCGGCGGCGGGGGCAGCGGCGGCUGCAGCAGGUGGGCACCGUGGCACAGAUCUGGAUCUACCCCAUCAAGUCCUGCAAGGGAGUAAUUGUGGACGAAGCCGAAUGCACCGAGUUGGGGCUGCGCAGAGGCAACCUGAGAGACAGGUUUUGGCUGGUGAUUAAGGAAGACGGUCACAUGGUCACUGGAAGGCAGGAGCCUCGCCUGGUGCUGAUCACCAUAACGUGGGACAAUGACCAAAUGACCCUCAGUGCUCCAGAUAUGAAUGACCUGGUUCUACCUAGAAAACUAUCUUCCACCAAUGCUAUUCGGGACUGCAGGAUAUUUGGCGUUGACAUUCAGGGUAGAGACUGUGGAGAUGAAGUAGCUCAGUGGAUCACCAGCUUCUUAAAAACAGAAGCAUAUCGACUGGUUCAGUUUGAGACCCACAUGGCAGGAAGAAAGUCAAAAGAAAUUUUCCAUCCCUCUGUUCAGAAUUAUCAGGUGGCUUAUCCUGACUGCUCUCCCAUCAUGAUGAUCUCAGAAGCUUCCCUGUCGGAUCUUAAUACCAGGCUUGAGAAGAAAAUCAAAAUGGAACAAUUUAGGCCAAAUAUCGUGGUGACUGGUUGCAGUGCUUUUGAGGAGGAUACCUGGGAUGAAAUCCUAAUUGGGAGUGUGGAAAUGAACAAGGUUUUGGCUUGCCCCAGAUGCCUCAUGACAACAGUGGACCCAGACACUGGGAUCAUUACCAGGAAAGAGCCCCUGGAAACAUUGAAGAGCUACCGCCUCUGUGAUCCAGCAGAGAAGCAUAUAUACAAGUCAUCUCCUCUCUUUGGGAUGUAUUUUUCAGUGGAAAAAAUUGGAAGCCUAAAAGUCGGCGACCCUGUGUAUCUGAUGACUCAGUGAUAGAAGUCCUGUGGGUGAUGAGUGUCACAUAGUUGAAAUGGUUACAAUACUGGAAAGGGAUUGACCAGGAUCUCACAGCAACAUCUCUGCAGAUCCCAAUAGAUUUGUCUUGGAAAAAAAAUACUUCUGACUCUCUGUUGACACUUAUGUUCUAUAUGUUAAUGUGACAAAAGGGAAAAAUCUGGGACAGGGGAGGGGAUGGGGUCAGAAGGGAUGGGGUAGGAGAAGAAGGGAUAAUAAUAAUAAGCCAAAUAAUAAUACACUAAACGUUCUGUGGUAGCAAAGAAUUGGAAACAAAGCAGAUGCCCAUUUAUUGGGAAUAACUAAACAAAUUUUGGUAUGUGAAUGUAAUGGAAUAUUAAUGUGCUGUAAGAAAUUAUGAAUGUGAUGGAGACAGAGAAGCAUAGAAAGAUCUACAUGAACUGAUACAGAGUGAAAUAAAGAGAAGAAAGAAAACAGCACCUACAAUGACUGCCAUGGUGCAAAUGAAAUUAAACAGAAUUAAUGUAACCAGAUUAAAUAGAAAUAAUCAAACAUUAAAGUUGAAAAUUUAUAAAGAACAAGCAUGGCCCAAAGGACAGAAAUGAGAAGAUACUCCUACCUUACUCCUUUGUAGAGGUGGGAUGUCCAUAGGUUUGGUAUGUUGCAUAUAUUUUCAGAUUAUUUGAUGUAUUGACCAGUUUUGCUAAUUUUUUUCUUUUUUUCUCUUUUUUCCUUUAAAAAUGCUACUUUUAAUAUGAGAUGGCUCUCUUGGGUGAGAGAAGAGGAGGAACACUGGAAGAAAUUCUGGCAAAAGACAUCAAUAAAAUUCAUUUUUCGAAAAUAGGGUAAUUAAAAAUGGCAUCUCUUAAAUCCCUAACUUUGGUAGUACUGAGGAAAAGUAACAAAAAGAACUGAGGAAAAAUCAGUAAACCUUUUAAAGUGUAAUGUUUCUGACAUUCCCUAUUUGAGGAAAAUUGGAAAACUCAGACACUUGCUUCUUUUACAUCUUCCAACUGUCUUUAUACCACUAGUAGACUCUAUUUCACAAAUCACUUCUUACUUUUAUUUUCCUUCCAUUAGGAAAUAGGAUUGUACUUGAUAUGUGAGUUUUUAAUAUGGGAAGACAUUAUUUUGAAACUUUUCUGGGCCAGGAAUAUUUCUAACAAGAAUCGAGGAUAGGAGAAUGGAAUUUCGAUUGGAAUGGAAUGUUAAGGCAGGGAUUGGCCUAAAGGAAGUAUGAAUGUUUUUAGAGAUAUUGAAAACUAGCUUAAACUAAUGGAAAUUUCCUAUUUUAGCAACACGAUUAAGAAAGAAAUCUCCCUGAAUCAGUCUGCCAAUGAGAUAAUCUACUUCUGCUUUUAUGGUAUUUUUAUUGUAAUAAAUGUAAAUUCAAAUUAAACAUGCUUAAAUUUUGAAGCUUA